ACGUGAAGUCGUUUUUCUCUAAGGCAUAGGAGAGAACAUACUAAUAAGGUUAUAAGAUAAAUAACUUUCAAAUUAUUAUGAUCCUACACUUUCAUGAAUUAUUGAUCACUUUUGUUAUUAUUAUUAUGGAUGAUAAACUUGGAGAUACCCCUUUCCGAAGCUAUUGUUACAUUAAAUAUUUAGAACUAUUUUUUUGUUUACUAAGUUGGAAAAUAUCCCCUAACUAGAAAACUCCAAUACAUCUCAAGAUGUUUUUCAUAAUACUUCCUUAAGGAAGUCAUUAAAAUAACUGUUAAGAUCUAGGUGAAAUAGUCAGAGUAAACAAAUCUGCAGGUGGGACUAGACAUACCCAAUGUAGAAAACAAGGUCUAAAUCCCACAUAUGCACCUCAGUCCCGUAAACAUUUCCUGAAAAGUUUUCCCCUCCGUUGGAAGCAAUGAGAACUCAAAAACACGUAACAGUUCUGUUAAAACACAUCUGCAGAAUUACACAUAAUGUAAAUUACUUACAAAACAGUGUUCAAGUUGUGAGACUACGGAGCCUGGCAGUCAGCUGUCCAGCUGUUAGUUAUGAUCCCAACUGAAGAGAAUUUUAACCCAUGAUGAGAAUAGUAUACGCUCCACCCAAGAUAUAUCUGCGAGGAAGAACUCAAAAGACAGCAAAAUCUUAUGCUCGGCUAGCAAUCUAUACACACAAAUCCCUCUUUGUGUUUUCCAAUAUUCUUUGGAUGUCUUCACACACAAUCAAUAUCUGUGUGUAUGCCACCUCAUUGGGUCUAAAAAACGAAACAUUAAAUCACUUUGAAUGCUCUGAAUAUGAAAUUAAAACUUCAAUUCCAUGUGGAGCCGAACGUGAAGCAGAUGUGUGCGAUUGUGUGCUUCUCAGCGUCCCUUUCUCCUCCUGAGUCAUGAGAUGAAACUACAGCUCUAGACAAAGCUUACACUCUGGUAGCUGCACUACCACCAGAUCUGUACAAGCAAUGCUCUCUUAAUCAAUCACCUCUGUUUGUCUCUCAGAGACCGGUGUGCAGAUAAAAGUCAGGACCAUCAGCUCAGACAAUGAGGCUUCCAGGCUGAGCUCAGCCUCAUAGAUGAGCCUUUGAGUAGCUCUUCCAGCACAAAGGAGAAUGAUAUCAGGGACUAACCUAAUUACGCUUUAUGCCAGAGAUUAAAUGCGUUGAGAUAUAGAAAGUACCUAGAAAGUUAUCACAAGCAGAUAGUGCUAUUUAAAUGCUGGUCUUCACCAACCAAGGAGUGUACAGGGAGGGAUCCAUAGCUCCAGAUACACAUGUAGCAGAGGAUGGCCUUGUCUGACAUCAAUGGGAGGGGAGGCCCUUGGUCCCCUGGAGGUUUGAUGCUCCAGUGUAAGGAGAUGCUGGAGCUGUGCUUGUUUUCUUAUAGAACCCAGGCCCACCUGCCUGGGGGUUUGGUGGGGUGAGGCAUGUCCUAGGAAAUGUUACUCUCAGUUUCAGAACUCUCAUGUAUGAGAAAGUUAACCUGUAAGGCUACUUCUAGCUUCAACAUCACACUCUUUAAGAUUUGGUGACUAGUUCUCCGUUCUUUGUUUCCAAAUAAGCUCAAAACAAGCAAUUCCUUCUGCAGCUAGAAAGUCAGUCAUGACCUUAUAGAAAUCCAGUGAGUGGCAAUUAGAACUAGAUAAAUGAUCAAACCAUAUUAUCAGAGAAAACCAAGUUUAGAAUAUACAAGUAUGUUCAUUAAAUAUGCACUUUUUGAGACAAUCUAUACAUAGUUAAAUAAAAUCUACUUUUACACACGUUUGAUAAACAUUUCAGCGUAGGUUAAGGACCAGGCAUUGUCUUAGAUGCUGGGAAUCUGAGUGGAGAAUCCUUGGACUCUGGUAACAUCCCAUGUUGAGUGGACUAGCCAAUAAAAACAAAAGGAGUAUGUCAUAUCUUAUAUGGGGAUAGGUGCUCUGGAGUCAAAUGAGAGGCUUUCUCAGAGCAUGGGCACUAGCCUGUAAAGAUAUGAGGUUAGAGAGAGUCUGUUUUGGUUUUAUUGUUUUUAAAAUGACAUCUGAGAAAUCUUCGUACCAUUGAAACCCAAGAGAAAGGAGAUUGAAUGCACAGGUUUAUGGAGGUGAAUAUUAAACACAGGACAAUGAGUAUUUCUGAUGUGAGUGGUUGUCUGACUCAUUUUAGUGAUAGCAUGGAGACCUUGGUGUUAAAGUGAAGUAAGCCAAGGCUAGAAAGACUCGAAAGGCUAUGACCAACUGGCCUUGGAGAUUUCCUGAAGGGCUCAUACUCCUAAUUGGAUGUGGUAGUGAGGGUGGGGGGUGGGGGGUGGGGGAGGAACCACUGGAGGGUUCUGCACAAAGAUUUAGUUUGUCUUGCAAUAUAACAGGUUCUCUCUGGCAGCUUUAUGAAGAAUGACCCAGAAGUACAAUAAUAGUGACUUCAGCCCAGUAUGGAUGGCUGCAUGGCUCUUUUUAACCCCCGUUUCCUGCCAAAGGUCCACAAUUUUGAAAGGAAUCGGGACACAAUUUUCAGAUGUGGGACCAUGCCUGAUAGUGGUCUUACCCAACACCACAGUGAUGUUUACCCAAGACCCACAUUUUCUCACAAAGGUUAUUUGCAUGUUAAAGGCACUGAGAAACCUCAGAAUGUGUUCAAUCCAAAGUCUCCCAAGCCUAUUCUACCAUGCAUCUCCUUUUUCUCAUGUGCUCUGGUUCAAAACAAGCUGGGUUCAAAUAUAAGCCCAUGGCGUCUGGGCCAUUGAACUCGGAGUUAAUCUUUCACUCCCCUAACCCCAUCUUUAAAUUGGGAGAGUAAUUGCACCUCACAAGGCGAGAAUUAGAUCAGAUAAUGUUUGUAAAGUGCCGCAAACCAUUCCCUUGGUUAAGGCCCACUUUCCUGUGUCCUCUUAUUUGCAUUCUUCAAAAACCAACCAUCUGUGAAAACUAAAGGUGUAAGUUUUAAUGAGAUUCAUUGCGGUUGAAAUGGAAGGGCUCAGGUUCUACCACCUAGCGCCCAAUUUUAGAAUCUCUGCCUUGUCCCAACAGGCAGAGAUGCUCAGAGGCAACACAACUGUAAUAGUUUCACAGCAUGGUAUCUCAUUGGACUCCUCUUCCAUAGGCCUUAGACAGCUUUGGGGAGAAGAGGCCAUAUUAGGGGUAUCAAUGGGGUUCUUUUCCACCUUUGAAAAGUUCCAUCGAAAGUGUUGCAUUUGCUAUUCCCAGCUACUGGAAUCUUUAAGACAAGUGGAAAGGAAUGAUGCCAAGAGUCUUCUCUUCCCAGGGCUUAUCUGGUUUGGAGGACAUACCUGUCAUAAAUGCUAGAGACAUAUCAAAACAUUACAGUUGAAAUAUGCCCUACGUGAAAUAUGACCUAAGAUUUCAACAUACAAAUAAAUGUCAAUUUGUUUACCAUUUUAUUAAUAAUACUUAUGGCUCUACUCCGAUAUGGGGAUAUGGGACUAUGUGUCCAAACUGGGAGGGGGGGAUAGUCAAGCAUGCAUUUUAGAUUAGUAUUUUAGAUACCAAACAGUGUAUAGAUAACCCAGCAAUUUUGUGUAAAAAAAAAAAAAAAGCUAAAUAAGCUGCUCUUUCCUUAGGGAUGGUAUCUUAGAGUAGUCAGCAGGGUCUUCCUGCAGAGAUCUUGCCAGACUGCCUUACCAGAUCUGCUGGAAGUUGUGGUGUGCAUCCGGUGCUCCGUGAUUGAUGCUCAGGUGUCUUGCUAGGAAGAAAGAAAGGCAGAUGCUCUGGUUUACAGUUUCCUCAGGACUCUGUUUCUCCUGGUCAGAAUACUCCAGGAUCCCCGGAGAGACUCUGGGAGUUUUGUUAUUUCCUGAAUUCCUGCAACUGCCCCCUCCUCUCCACCUCCAGGAAAGAUAAAAUCAAAUCAGAGGAAGUGAGAAAUCCCUGUAGCUUUGGCAUCUUGCCUCUCAAAAGCCCCCCAACAAUAAGACUGUUAUCGGAAUGCAUUAAUUUCAAGUUUCUUCAAACGUCUCAAAGAGGCUCUGCGAGAUCCUGAGUUUCAGAAGCCUCACUGGGGGUCAAACCUCAGCAAAUGGAACUUCACAGCACACUGCUCUCUCCCGCCCUUCCUUUCUGCCCCCUUUCCUCUCUCUCUCUCUCUCUCUCUCUCUCUCUCUCUCUCUCUCUCUCUCUCUCUCUCUUUUCCCCUCCAACUUUAAAUCUAGCAUACAAUGUAAUAGAUUUCAUUAUGGCACUCCCCACAGACAUUCUCACUGAAGUGAUCAGAACUGGAUUUUUGAAUGUAAAUGAAGACACGUUCUCACCUUGAUUUUUUUGUCUCCUGGCCAAUCUGGAAUGCAUUCCAGCUUUAAUGACCAUGGCCAAGUUGCAGGGGACCUGUGUUGAGUAUGUUUCCUACUCACAUGUAGAUGAUACACGUAUACUCACUAUUCUUCAUAGAACACACUAAGAGCAUUUUGGACAGUCUUUCAGGUACCUUAAUGCUCAGUAACAAAGUCAGGAUAGUGGCAAGUUGCUAUGAUAAAUCCAACCCCGGAACUAUUCAGAGCUAUCAAUUGACCCAAUGGCUCUCUUCAGUUUUUACAUUUUGGGGCAGAGUCCUCUCUAGAGCCAGUUUUAUUCUUGCUGUAAGAAGAAGAGUCAGAGCUCUUUGGGCCCUGAGAAUAGGCUUAUAUUUGCAUCUUGCCUCGACAGCAUCUUUAAUUUGCAUGUAGAUGUUCACUCCGGGGUUGUUUGGAUUCACCUGAGUGGGAUGAUGAGUGGGCAGGUCGAAGAAAGGAGUUAGAAACCUUUUCCAUCACUCCACCUUCAUGUGCACCUCUUAUGGGUCCCUAAUACCGUCUGCAUACAAACUCUUAAUUUAGAUGUUCAUUUUACUGUUAUACUUGACAGAAUACUCUUAGAAAACACUCUGGAUGAGAUUCUCUAAUAGUUCUUUCCCGGUGGAUACUUACUGUUGUCUCCCUAGAUAAUUUUAUCGUUGAGGCUGGAACAAAGGAGUUUAAUGGUGUAGUAUACUGAAGCUGAGAAAUAAAAGUUAGUAUUGGUAUACUUUCAAUCCAAUGGAAAUGUGGUAGGUGUUGAAAUACAUUUAAAAAAAAUGUUUAUCUGUGGGGCUGGAGAGAUGGCUCAGAGGUUAAGAGCACAGACUGUUUUUCCAGAGGUCCUGAGUUCAAUUCCCAGCAACCACAUGGUGGCUCACAACCAUCUGUAGCAAGACCUGAUUCCCUCUUCUGGUGUCUGAAGACAGUUAUAGUGUACUUACAUAUAAUAAAUAAAAUAAAUCUUAAAAAAAGACACAUUUUUAAAAAGGUUAUUUGUAUUUUGUGUGUAUGCAUGUGUUUGAGUUUGUGUGUGUGUAUAUAUAUAUAUAUAUAUAUGCACAGAACAUGUAUACAGGAACCUGUGGAGAUCAGGCAAGGGCAUCAGAUGGCCUAGAACUGGAAUUAGACAGCUGUCUGCCCAUCACAGGCUGGAAACAGAACUAGGAUCUUGCAAAAGCAGUAGGCACACUUUCCCAUUGAGCCAUAAGGUGAAAUAGGGCUUGAAAGAUCUCAGUGAUAUUGUGAAGACUGGGAGAUACACUAGGGAAACAAUGUAAUAGGGACUCUUGCACAGAGUCUACUUUCUCAUACUGGUGGCAGAACCUGUGUUUAGCAUGCAGGAGCCCCUACCUCUCUGAACAGGAGGUCCAACACACACACACACACACACACACACACACACAUGCACGCACACACUCACACAUGCACACACACAUACUCACACACACAAAUAAAAGAAAAUAAGAGGAUAUAUCCUUCACUAGAUGGAACUUCAAAAUCUUCAUUUAAAAUCCCCUUGACUAACUUGGGGAUUGGAGAUUUUCGUUUUCUCCUCCCCUCCUUCAUCAUGCUAAGCUUAUUUAUGUUCUAUUCCUGGGGUAUCUUAUCUUAAAAGUUCAUUUUAUUCCAAGGAAAAUUUAUUUUCUCUGUUUCUCACCAAACUAUCUUUUCACAGAUACCAAAUCAAUGUAUGUCUCUUAACAUUUACUGCACGUUUCUUGUUUUUACUGCUGAAAAGAUUCUGGUUAGAAUCUUUGACUUCUUAUCUUUGGCUUGUUUACUGAGUUUUCAGUCAGCUUUCUCAGGAUUAAAUUGUGUUUCCUUUUCAAAGGUAAGGUGCUGUUAACCAGGUUGUCUUUUCACAGACAGUUGCUCUGAGUUCACGGGCCACAGAAGCCAUGACCCAAAUGAGCACAUGGCUCUUUGAAACUUGCAGUUUAGGUAGGCAAUGCAGGCAGUCAGUUAAGGGAAACCUGGAAAAGUCCAACCGUCUACACAAAAUAAAUUCAAACCCUCCUCACCUGCCGUCAUGCCACCGGCCAUAGUUGAAGGCAGUAAGUACUCAUCUUGAAGUCAUAGACCAUAGCUUUGAAGAGAGUAACUUAUUAAUAAAAGCGAUAGCUGUGUCAACAACUGCAAUUUGUAGAGCCUUCCGCAGAUAUUAUAUGGUUUUCAUCGUGUCAUAGGCAAUAAUAACAAAAAAGAAAACAACGAAUUUGUGAAAACUUGUCUGUCAAAUAUCCCAGGCAUGUUUCAUCUCGGGCCUAAUUAGCUUACUCAUGAAGUAGCCCCACAGGCCCCAUUUUUUUUUUCUUCAGAAGAGAGAAUAAAGUUAGUAUGGCCACAGGUACCUGAUACCCUCGGAUUUGGGGUGGCCCAGUUUUUGAGAUGCUAAGAGCCCAUCACUGCAAACUUUAGAUUAAUGUAUUACCACCCAUCUGUUACUCUUCUUUAACUGUUGAGUCUCUAAUAUCUAUAAGCUACCUAGACUCUCCUGUAAACAUAAUGAAGUCUCCAAGACCUAAGCCUUCACUCCUUUCUACAGGACCGCCAGCAAAUUCAAUAAAAAGAGAAUAUCCAUCCACUACUAUAUUUUAGAUAAUUUACACUUUCCUAAAGCCUCUUUGCUGAGAAAGCAAAUAAGUUUGUUUGUUUGUUUGUUUGCUCGUUUAAAGAGAAUAUGGGGGGUGGUGAUAGUGGUAGUGAGUGAACUUCUUUGGAAGUUUACUGCAAUUCCCUAAAUCGGUAAAGAAGAGGUUAAGAGGGACCUGGAGGAUUUUGAAGUCUUUGGUUUGGGAGGUUCCAUUUGGAGAAAGGUGCAGGGGAGCCUGAGAUGGAAAGGGACCCAAAACAAGUUCUUAUUCGUUGAGAUUUCUGCUUCUGAGUCGUUGAAAUCUCACCUGAGGGCGCAGUUGGGCGCUCCAGGCAUGUGGAUGGAAAUAUUAACACGCAGAACUUGUCUGAGCAGCGCCAGUGAGGGCCUGGCAGGGAUCGAGCGUCCCCUUUAAAGGUUCCCGAGCCGGGCUGGAGAGGGAGGAAACCCGGAGCAGCAGGGACUGAGGGGGAAACCCACGAGCUGUCGAGCCGAAAGGAGGCAGCGUGAGAGCAGAAACUUCAGACGCUGCAAGCUCCCAGCGGAGCUCGGGCGAGCCUCGGCAGCAUCCUCUUCCUCCUGCUCGCUCUUUCCCACCAACCCGGGGCCGCCCGGAGCAGCCUCUCCGAAGCUUCCAGGAGCAAGGAGUAAGACUAGCCACCCCGGGAAGUUUGGGCUGCAGCUUGGUUCGGAGGUGCGUUACACGCGCCCCAGUAGAAGCAGGACCCGGGACGAUGCUGGGUGCUGUGCCGGGCUGGGGGCGCCCGGAAGGCGCUCGUGCAUCCGCGGUCCUGUUGCUGUCCCCGGUGCCCUCCGCAUCCCGCGAGUGAUGGGAACAAGGGCCCGCCCAGGCAGCCGCUGUCGCCGUACCGCCCCUUCGCUCCCUCCUGGUGCGCAGAGUCACCCAGGCGCACCCCGUGAACCUAGAGACUGUUCUCCCCAGCUGCCGCCGCUACCUUGACUGCAAUCUCCGCCAGAGGGGGGUGGCCUGCUACUCUCUGGCUCUCCGGUAGACGGAGGAGCACUUUUUGGGGUGCAUCUCUUCCUUUGCUCUCACACCCCAACUUUGCAAUCGCCGCGCAGCGGCGCCAGGGCACACGCUGUGGAGGCGCACGCCGGGAGGCUCAGCAGGACUGUGGAGGCAGGAAACCGCACAACUGCUCCUCGGUUUAGGCUCUUUGUUGUUCGCCUUGGAUGAGCCUUGGAAGUGGUUGAGCCUCUUCAGAAACCCGGAGCUAGGGAAGACAAACCUUGGGCUUUUUCUUUGCAAAGGGAUUGACAAGCCUCCGGAAAGGUCGACGAGAAACUGCCCUGCAAACUCUUGGCGGAUUGACUCACGUUGCUUAUAUUAAGCCUUUGUGUGUAGGGUGUAUGGUGUGUGGCUUCCAUAAAUUUGGAGAUCUCCGCUUCUGCUCCCUUCUCUUGGCAUGAGACUGUAUGCAGGACCUACCCGAGGACAAUGAUCGCGGAGCCUGCUCGCUUUUACCUCUUUGGAUUAAUAUGUCUCUGUUCAGGCUCCCGUCUUCGUCAGGAAGAUUUUCCACCCCGCAUUGUUGAACACCCUUCAGACCUGAUCGUCUCCAAAGGAGAACCUGCCACUCUGAACUGUAAAGCCGAAGGCCGCCCCACCCCGACGAUAGAAUGGUACAAAGGUGGGGAAAGAGUGGAGACGGACAAAGAUGACCCGCGCUCACACCGGAUGCUGCUGCCAAGCGGGUCUUUAUUUUUCUUACGCAUAGUCCAUGGACGGAAGAGUAGGCCCGACGAAGGGGUCUACAUCUGUGUGGCUAGGAAUUACCUCGGAGAGGCUGUGAGCCACAACGCAUCGCUGGAGGUAGCUAUACUACGGGAUGACUUCAGACAAAACCCUUCAGAUGUCAUGGUGGCAGUAGGCGAACCUGCAGUCAUGGAAUGCCAGCCUCCACGGGGCCAUCCAGAGCCCACCAUCUCCUGGAAAAAGGAUGGCUCACCCCUGGAUGAUAAAGAUGAAAGAAUCACUAUACGAGGAGGAAAACUCAUGAUCACUUAUACGCGUAAAAGCGAUGCUGGCAAGUAUGUUUGCGUUGGCACCAACAUGGUGGGGGAACGGGAGAGUGAAGUCGCAGAGCUAACCGUUUUAGAGAGACCAUCGUUUGUGAAGAGACCCAGUAAUUUGGCAGUGACUGUGGAUGACAGUGCAGAAUUUAAAUGUGAGGCCCGAGGAGACCCUGUGCCUACAGUUCGAUGGAGGAAAGAUGACGGAGAGCUGCCCAAAUCCAGAUAUGAAAUCCGAGAUGAUCAUACUUUGAAAAUUCGGAAGGUGACUGCUGGCGACAUGGGAUCAUACACUUGUGUGGCAGAAAAUAUGGUCGGGAAAGCUGAAGCUUCCGCUACUUUGACAGUUCAAGUUGGGUCUGAGCCGCCACAUUUCGUUGUAAAACCUCGGGACCAGGUGGUUGCCUUGGGAAGAACUGUGACGUUUCAGUGCGAAGCAACUGGAAAUCCUCAACCAGCUAUCUUUUGGAGGAGAGAGGGGAGUCAGAAUCUACUUUUCUCCUACCAGCCUCCACAGUCCUCUAGCCGAUUUUCAGUUUCGCAGACAGGAGACCUCACCAUUACGAACGUCCAGCGGUCUGAUGUCGGCUACUACAUCUGUCAGACUUUAAAUGUUGCUGGAAGUAUCAUCACAAAGGCCUAUUUGGAAGUUACUGAUGUGAUUGCAGACCGGCCUCCCCCAGUCAUUCGGCAAGGUCCUGUGAAUCAGACUGUAGCAGUGGAUGGCACUUUAAUCCUCAGCUGUGUGGCCACAGGCAGUCCAGCACCCACAAUUCUGUGGAGGAAGGAUGGAGUCCUUGUUUCAACCCAAGAUUCUCGGAUCAAACAGCUGGAGAGUGGCGUGCUGCAGAUCCGCUACGCUAAGCUGGGUGACACGGGUCGGUACACCUGCACCGCAUCGACCCCCAGCGGUGAGGCCACGUGGAGCGCUUACAUCGAAGUCCAGGAAUUUGGGGUUCCAGUUCAACCCCCAAGACCCACCGACCCCAACUUAAUCCCCAGCGCCCCCUCAAAGCCCGAAGUUACAGAUGUCAGCAAAAACACGGUCACUUUAUCGUGGCAGCCAAACUUGAACUCAGGAGCAACCCCAACAUCUUAUAUUAUAGAAGCCUUCAGCCAUGCAUCUGGUAGCAGCUGGCAGACGGCGGCAGAAAAUGUGAAAACAGAAACAUUUGCCAUCAAAGGACUCAAACCUAACGCCAUUUACCUUUUCCUGGUGAGGGCAGCAAAUGCCUAUGGAAUUAGUGAUCCAAGCCAAAUAUCAGAUCCAGUGAAAACGCAAGAUGUCCCACCAACCAGCCAAGGGGUGGACCACAAGCAGGUCCAAAGAGAACUGGGGAAUGUUGUCUUACAUCUGCACAACCCGACCAUCCUUUCUUCCUCCUCAGUCGAAGUGCACUGGACGGUGGACCAACAAUCUCAAUAUAUUCAAGGCUAUAAAAUUCUCUACCGCCCAUCUGGAGCCAGCCAUGGUGAAUCGGAGUGGUUAGUUUUUGAAGUGAGGACGCCAACGAAAAACAGCGUGGUGAUCCCCGAUCUCAGAAAAGGCGUCAACUACGAGAUUAAGGCUCGCCCAUUUUUUAAUGAGUUUCAAGGAGCAGACAGUGAAAUCAAAUUUGCCAAAACCUUAGAAGAAGCACCAAGUGCCCCUCCCCGAAGUGUAACUGUAUCCAAGAAUGAUGGAAAUGGGACUGCAAUCCUGGUCACUUGGCAACCGCCUCCUGAAGACACACAAAAUGGAAUGGUCCAAGAAUAUAAGGUUUGGUGUCUCGGUAAUGAAACGAAGUAUCACAUAAACAAGACAGUCGAUGGCUCGACCUUCUCGGUGGUCAUCCCCUCUCUGGUUCCUGGGAUCCGAUACAGUGUGGAGGUGGCAGCGAGCACUGGGGCGGGUCCCGGGGUGAAGAGCGAACCUCAGUUCAUCCAGUUAGAUUCUCACGGAAACCCCGUGUCUCCCGAGGACCAAGUCAGCCUUGCUCAGCAGAUCUCCGACGUGGUGAGGCAGCCGGCGUUCAUUGCAGGCAUUGGGGCAGCCUGUUGGAUUAUCCUCAUGGUCUUCAGCAUCUGGCUUUACAGACACCGCAAGAAGAGAAACGGACUCACCAGCACGUAUGCGGGUAUCCGGAAAGUCCCGUCCUUUACCUUCACGCCAACAGUAACUUAUCAAAGAGGAGGCGAAGCCGUCAGCAGUGGAGGGAGGCCGGGACUCCUCAACAUUAGUGAACCUGCCACGCAGCCAUGGCUGGCAGACACGUGGCCCAACACAGGCAACAACCACAAUGACUGCUCCAUCAACUGCUGCACGGCCGGCAAUGGCAACAGCGACAGCAACCUGACAACCUACAGUCGCCCAGCUGAUUGUAUAGCCAAUUAUAACAACCAACUGGAUAACAAACAAACAAAUCUGAUGCUCCCUGAGUCAACUGUUUAUGGUGAUGUGGACCUUAGUAACAAAAUCAAUGAGAUGAAAACCUUCAAUAGCCCAAAUCUGAAGGACGGGCGUUUUGUCAAUCCAUCAGGGCAGCCCACUCCCUAUGCCACCACUCAACUCAUCCAGGCGAACCUCAGCAACAAUAUGAAUAAUGGCGCCGGGGACUCCAGCGAGAAGCACUGGAAGCCUCCGGGACAGCAGAAACCGGAAGUGGCACCAAUUCAGUAUAACAUCAUGGAGCAAAACAAGCUGAACAAAGAUUAUCGGGCAAAUGACACGAUCCCUCCAACCAUCCCAUACAACCAGUCCUAUGACCAGAACACAGGAGGGUCUUAUAACAGCUCAGAUCGGGGCAGUAGUACAUCCGGGAGUCAAGGCCACAAGAAAGGGGCACGGACACCAAAGGCACCCAAGCAGGGUGGCAUGAACUGGGCAGACUUGCUGCCCCCUCCUCCGGCGCAUCCUCCCCCACAUAGCAACAGUGAAGAAUACAACAUGUCCGUAGAUGAAAGCUAUGAUCAAGAAAUGCCCUGUCCAGUGCCACCUGCGCGGAUGUAUUUGCAACAGGAUGAAUUAGAGGAAGAGGAAGAUGAAAGAGGCCCCACUCCCCCUGUCCGGGGGGCAGCUUCUUCUCCAGCUGCUGUGUCCUACAGCCACCAAUCCACGGCCACUCUCACCCCUUCUCCCCAGGAAGAGCUCCAGCCCAUGUUACAGGAUUGUCCGGAGGACCUCGGGCACAUGCCCCACCCACCAGACAGGAGGCGGCAGCCCGUGAGUCCUCCUCCACCGCCACGGCCAAUUUCCCCACCUCAUACUUACGGCUACAUUUCAGGACCCCUUGUCUCAGAUAUGGAUACCGAUGCCCCAGAAGAGGAGGAGGACGAAGCUGACAUGGAAGUUGCCAAAAUGCAGACCCGAAGGCUGUUGUUACGUGGGCUGGAGCAGACCCCAGCAUCCAGUGUUGGGGACCUUGAGAGCUCCGUCACUGGGUCCAUGAUCAAUGGCUGGGGCUCAGCCUCGGAAGAGGACAACAUUUCCAGUGGGCGCUCCAGUGUCAGUUCAUCCGAUGGCUCCUUUUUCACUGACGCUGAUUUUGCCCAGGCAGUUGCUGCAGCUGCGGAGUAUGCGGGCCUGAAAGUGGCUCGCCGCCAAAUGCAAGAUGCUGCUGGCCGCCGCCACUUCCAUGCCUCUCAGUGCCCAAGGCCCACGAGUCCUGUGUCCACAGACAGCAACAUGAGUGCUGUUGUGAUCCAGAAAGCCAGACCCGCCAAGAAGCAGAAACACCAGCCAGGACAUCUGCGCAGGGAAGCCUACGCAGAUGAUCUUCCACCCCCUCCAGUGCCACCACCUGCUAUAAAAUCGCCCACUGUCCAGUCCAAGGCACAGCUGGAGGUACGGCCUGUCAUGGUGCCAAAACUCGCGUCUAUAGAAGCAAGGACAGAUAGAUCGUCAGACAGAAAAGGAGGCAGUUACAAGGGGAGAGAAGCUCUGGAUGGAAGACAAGUCACUGACCUGCGAACAAAUCCAAGUGACCCCAGAGAGGCACAGGAACAGCCAAAUGACGGGAAAGGCCGAGGAACAAAGGCAGCCAAGCGAGACCUUCCACCAGCAAAGACGCACCUCGGCCAAGAGGAUAUUCUUCCGUACUGUAGACCUACUUUCCCAACGUCAAACAACCCUAGAGACCCCAGUUCCUCCAGCUCUAUGUCAUCAAGAGGAUCAGGGAGCCGACAAAGAGAGCAAGCAAAUGUGGGCCGAAGGAAUAUGGCAGAAAUGCAAGUACUUGGGGGAUUUGAAAGAGGAGAUGAGAAUAAUGAAGAAUUAGAGGAAACUGAAAGCUGAAGACAACCAGAGAGGCUUACGAUGCUAAUGUGAAAAACCAUCACUCAAGAGGCCUCCUCCCGUCUGAUGACACACAAUACCAGAUGAAAUUGUUCAGUGCAAUCAGAAUGGACAAGUUGCCGUUUUUAUUCCUCCUGUUGGGAUAACAUUUUUUAAAAGUUUCUUGGGUUUUUAGUGUUGCUGAUUGAUUGCCUAACCCUUAAUGAACCUCCCCCUGCCGCGACGCUGUUACAGCCGUUAUCCUUGACUUCCAACACUGGAAGUGUCUUGAAUGCUUGCUUCAGCCAUCAGCCAGCAAGGAAGAACAGACCAAUUCUUUUUGCGAUUUGCCCCUGAGAUAUGGCAUUGCACUGCUUAUAUAUCACGCUAAUUGAUAGCAAAAUAUUGAUCAAUGAUAUAAAGGUGAUGACUCAACCUCAUGCCAAGGGCUCUCAAAGUAUAAUUGUUCUAUGACCAACUGCUAAGGCCAAUUGAAGCAUACUUCAUUUUACAUGAUUUUAGGAUCAGUCUUUUAUACCACCCUUUGCUGGCAUAAACUAAAAGUCUAUCACAUACAGAACUACAGUCUAAUUUCAAUGGGGUAGAAGCAUUGUAAAUAUAUACUCUUUGCAACUCCUGGUGGUACUUUAUUUUGUCUUUAUUUCAACCAUUGAAAUAUAUUCUUGGAAAUGUACUUUUGGAUAAGUAGGGCUGAGCCAGUUGGACCUCUGGUUGUCUAGUCAUUGUGAGAAGUAAACCUAGCAAAAAUCUUGUUCUAUUUUUCAAUCAAAAAGCAACUACAAAUGCAUAUUCCACGCAAAUGGAUGUUUUUAACGACCAAUUGAGUAAAGACAUCCCUAUCUUAACUGGCCUAAAUUUCUUCUGGUAGUGUCAGAUCACCUUUCAGAAGUGCCACUUAAGGAGGUUUGUUUGAUUUUUUUUGUUGUUGUUGUUGUUGUUGUUUUUUGUAAUGCACUGUUUUUAAUCUUUUUUUUUUUGGUUUUAAAAGCACAAUCACUAAACUUUAUUUGUAAACCAUUGUAACUAUUAACCUUUUUUUUCUUAUUGAAGAAACUGUUGAGAAGUGUUUCUAGCCUGUUUUGUUAAUGCUCUGUGUUUGUAUUUGCAAUAUUUGAAUGGUGACAGCUGGUGAGGUCACGUACAGACUUUAUCGUGGGCUGUGAACCAAAUGGUUCCAAUUUUUCCUGGACUUAAAAAAAAAUUUUUUUGUUCUAAGUUUUUCGUGGCCAAUGUUGAAUCUUAUAAGAUUUCCUUAGAAGCUCAUAAGAGGAAUUCCAACUCGGAAUUGCCAAGUGAUGCUCUGUGACUGUAGGUUUCUAUAAUUUUUUUUGACAUUUUAAGAAUUUCAUUGACUUUAUAAUUGGUGCUAUUUGAAGAAAACAAAAUGAAUCUUUAGUCAUGCAUAGGUAUCAGGCUUGACCCCCACAAAGCCAAACAAAACUGAACUACAAAAUAAAUAAAUAAAUAAAUAAAUAAAUAAAUAAAUAAAAGCAAAUAAAAACAAAAGGCUGGUAUUCACCUAAAACUAAGUGUAUUCAUUUAGCUAAUUUGAAGAAGCCCCAUGUCCCAUAGAAAGGAUGUGCAGUUCUAAGGGAACAAUCCACGUGAUUAAUGUUUUCAUUAUGUUCAUGUAAGAAACCUCUUUAUUUUUAGCCAUACUUUUGCAUACUGAAAAUUCAAUAAUCAGAAAAGUAAUUUUGUCAUAUUAUUUAUUAAAAAUGUUCUCAAAUACAUCAUCCUUCCUUGUGUUGAUUUUUUUUUUCAUUGUAUGACUAUCAGAUUUAUUCCAUUAAAUCACAAAGUUGUUUUGUCUUCGCAUUUCACCACCACAUUAUGAAAACGAAGGAGUUCUCAGUUUUCCUAAUGAGCAUCCAGGUUCUACUACCAAGCAAAAAAUUCUCAUUGCAGUUGUGUGAAGUAAGUGGGAGCUGAUUCUCAAGUUGAAGUUAGCUGUGUGGUCAGAGAGCGACUCUGAAAGGUGUGCUGUGUUUGGUUCUGUAUGUGUAUCUGAAUUUCAGUUAGCCUGUUUCUGAAAUGAUCAGGAUGCAACUCCAGUAAACCUCAUUGGUCAAGCUUGAACCACCUAUGUUCUGUCAGUAAGAAAGCUUAUAAAUCCCAUUGCUUGUCAGAGAAAAUUUGGGCUGGCACUGAUAUACCAGGUUGCACGCUGUGAUCAGUUAAAGCACCAUACUGCAGAAUGUCACGUGGAUGGGGUACCAUGGCUACCGUGGCUUGGAAAUGUCAAGAUCCACAGAAUGUCCUGGAGCUUAGAUCCCUGACACCCACCCACCCACCCUGUGAUAUAGAUUCUUCUUCUUUUACCUAAAUUUUUGUGUUUACCAGAAAAGCUGAAGAAAUGAAACGGAACAAUGAAGGGCUUAAUUUGGAAUGUAAUUUUAUAAAAGUGAUGUGAUUAUCAUCAUCUACUUGAUAUAUAAACAGACCUAGAGGUCAAGGAGCUAGUUUCUUUGUUAAAAAACAAAUCACUGUGGGUUGGGGAGGGGGGAUAAGGAACAUAUGUAAUGGACAGAUUUUCUUUUUCUAGGUGGGUGAACUACUAAUAAGCUACUAUCUCUCUUUUAUAUUACAUGCUGCAGUUCACACACAAAAUUCUGUAUAUCAGAAGGCCGGGACAAGACCGGAUCCUGGCUUUGUCCCGGUUGUGUUUCUUUGGACAUGUUACCUAACCUCUAAGUCUCAGGUACUUCACCUGUAAAGUCAGUAAUACCUACCUCAAGGAGCGAUUGUCAUGAUUCAGUGAGUUGAUGUAUCUACACAGACUCUGUAAACUCCACAACGGUAUUAAGAUAUUGUUAUCUUUAUGGACUGAAAUUCACUACACAUGCAGUCUCCAUGUUUUUCAUCCCUGAUUUGUUCCUAAACAUUUGCAUGAGAGAAAAAGCAUAAGUGUGGUGUAAGGACGAGGGUCCUUCCAUCUCUGGUAAGUAAAACUCACUGUGAAAUUACCCCAUUGUGGAAUAAAUGCUUGCUGUUCUUGUUCGUUUCUUUGCUUUCGAAUGCAAGGGCAGUAAAUGAAUUGCUGGCAUUGUAUUUCUGGUAUUUUCUUCUUUGCACAGUUGGUAAUACAGAUAUGUCACUUGAGUUCUCAAUAAAUGGAUUUAGUGUCUA